UCACUAUUAACACCCGUGUGCACUCUUAAACCGUUUCACUUCCCGUUUCUUCCUGACUGAGUUGCUGCGGUCACUGUGAAGCAGAAAGCUCUUCGGCUGCGCUCUCCAUCAGCUUAUUACUCCGUCAGAGGACGACUGACUGCAUUAUCUGCAAAUGGCCCCCCGGUGGCUGAGCUGCAGUACUGCAGUGUUUCUACUCUUGGUUCAUGUUGGCUCAGUUCAUACCCAGGCCUGUGGAGUCCCUGGGAUUCCUGGGAUACCAGGCACUCAUGGGCCCAAUGGUGUCGAUGGUCUGAAGGGAGAGAAGGGGGACCCUGGUGAGGCCGGUGAGCCGGUCAGGGGCCAGAAAGGGUUGCCAGGUCUGUGGGGCCCUCCAGGACGGCCUGGGUUGAAGGGUGAUGCAGGUCUUCCAGGGCCUCCGGGUACUCCAGGCCAACCAGGGGAGAAGGGAAGGGCCUUCAACCCUUCAAACCAGCAGAAUUCCUACUUUUCCCGCAAAGCGGUCUUGUCACAUGUACCGGAGUUGGAAACUGCUAUCAACUUCAACACGGAGAUUUUGCCGGACCUGGAUCAACGGUUUCGUGGAGAAUUGCUGACAAACGGGACGUUUGUAUGUGCCAUCAAAGGCGUCUAUUUCUUGAGUUACCACGUUUCAGCGAAGAGCAGAGUGGGUCUGAAGCUGGUGAAGGGCAGUGACAGUCACAUAACUCUGACUGACCAGUCUGAAGGCUUCCUGGUCACCUCCGGCUCGGCGGUCCUGGAGCUGGAAGUCGGAGACAGGGUCUCACUGCACGUGACUAAGUAUAACAACAUCGUGACAAGCCAGGGCAGCACCAGCCACACCUUCACCGGCUUCCUGAUCUUCCCCACCGCAUAAUGCAAGGAUCGAAAACACCACAGAUGUUGAAAUGAAAUAUUUCUGUAAUAGUACGAAGAUCAGCAGAAUUAAAGCACCUUAAAGCACCAUGUUGCAUGUUUUCAGUACUUUUAUAACUGAUGUGCAUUUUCAUUUCAUUUCAUUUUAACCUAACACUUCAGGUUUUACAAUAGCCAGCAGUUUUUAAUUCUUUUAGUACAUUUUAAUGGUACAAUCUGUAAUCAACAUAUAAGCAAACAAGACUGAAACCUGCUAUUGCUUCCACAUUUAGUGACGUGAUGAUUUUUACACUGUGUAGCACUGAUUAAAAACUAAAUCCACAUUAA